UCGCCGACUGCAACACAAAGAGUUUACCCCUUUUUAAACACGGUCUUAUGACUUUUUCAGUCAGAGACGACCUGAAACACAGACUGACAACGCCAGGGGGUCGAGUCGGGACUGGGUGACUGAAGGGUUCUGAACAGCUGGAGCUCACCUGUCUGCAGGACUGAGUUUGUGGACACCUGUUGCAGUCUGUGGACAUGUGUCUCCUGCCUGUGGCUUCACUCCUCAUGUGUUUCUGGUUGGUGGAGAGGAGCCAGUGUAACAGCAGCUUCCAGGACAGCAUGAGGGAGCUCCACCACAGGUUCGCCCUCAGCCUCUACCAGACGCUGACCGAGACCGAGAACAAGUCCAACCUCAUCCUGUCCCCGCUCAGCGUCUCCCUGUCUCUGGCCCUGCUGCAGUUCGGAGCCAGGGGCAACACGCGCUCUCAGCUGGAGGGAAUGCUGGGAUACAGUGUGAACG